GUGCAGGAAAUAGAGUGGUUUGUUUUGUUCAUGUGUGGAGAGGUGGCUGCAGUCAGUGAUGAUUUUACAACACGCUGUCUCCUGCUGUUUAAAGUAUUUAGGCUGGGAUGAAAUGUUCUCUAAUAAUUAGUGAUUUUUGUGUUUGUUUAUCACCUGCACGGAGUUCCGUGAAAAGGAAAGCAUCCCUUUUCUGUGUUGAAUUACACACACAGAGCGGAGCGCGUCAGUCGCAGCUACAGACAAGUCGAGCUUUUCAAUGAGAUGAUUUACUGAGAAACAAACGCGUUGAAGCUCCAGCAGAGCUCUGCGCGAUUCUGAAAGACCAAAGGAAAGUUACUCCUUGCAAAGCCUGUUGUUUGUGUGCUUUCUUUAUCACACCAGAAGAAGUGAUGAAUAUAUUUGAAUGGGAAGGCUACAGUUAAAAUUAAAUAUUAGUAAAUAAUAUGAAAAGAGGAUUCCGCUACUAGACCAGUGUGAAACUCAAACCAGUGAAGAUGGACGGCAGCGUGUCCGUGUCGCUCUUUCAAGACGAGCUCGCCUCUACCAUCGAGCACGCAGUGAAAGCGGCUCUACACACCGUCUUGUGUGCGAUUACUGAAGCUGUCGGCAGCAAAUUCACUGAAUUACAAAUGGAAAUGGCUGGAAAGGAGAAAGAGAAUGAAAGUCUGAAGCUGAGAUUGGAAAUAUCAGAGAGCGAGCUGAAAGCUGUGCGAGCGUGUAUAAACGCUGCAGAUGCAGACACUAAAUAACCUUUAAUAUUUCAAGAUCCCAAAGAGAGCCACGCUAUCCCUGAAUCUGAAGCACAGGAGUGGCCAAAGAUAGAAGCAGCUUACACACAAGAGGAGUCCUUUGAGCAGGAGUGGUGUGCAAGUCUAAUGCAGGUUACAGAGCUGGCAUGUGUUAAAGAUGAAGAGGUCCCUCAACAGGAAUGUGUUCCUAUUAAAGAGGAAUUCAUAGAGCAGGAAUGUGUCCCCAUCGCAGAGGAACUUCCCCAUGAAAAUCAUGUCUGUACACUUGAGGAGAACAACAAGCUGGGAUCCAACCUGUGUGAUGACUCUCCAUCUGAAUGUGAACUGGGAUUCAGAGCUUCUAAAGUAGAUGAAGGAGAACACGACUCCACUCUAUCACCCCAGUACAAAAACUCUCCUAGAGGCAAACCACAGUGCAAGAAACACAGAGAAACGACACCCCAAGAAGAGUAUGUGAAGACAUUGAGAACUCACUCAGUUAAAAUCCCUUCUUUACAAGACAGACACCCACUUACUGUGGAGAGUACAGAGACGGCACAUUCUGUGUGUUUUAACAAUUCUGAAACCCAGGGCAACUUGAAGACCUUGCCUCAUUCUAUUGAAGGUGGGAAGAGUUCCUGUCAAUUAGACGCUCCUGAAACUCACAAGGGAAAUCCCACAGGAGGGACUCCGUUUUCCUGGGCUGAUUGUAGGAAGAGUUUCAAUCAUAUAUCACUGCUUAAAAGACACCAGCGCAUUCACACAGGAGAGAAACCUUCCCACAUACAGACCAGUGAUAAGAGUUUCACACAGUUAGGAAAUCUUCAUUCACACCAGCACAUUCACAUAAGAGAGAAACCUUAUCACUGUACUGAGUGUGGGAAGAGAUUAAGUAAUUUAGGAAACCUUAAAAUCCACCAGCGCAUUCACACAGGAGAGAAACCUUAUCACUGUUCUGUUUGUGGGAGGAGAUUCAGUGACUUAGGAUCCCUUAAAAGGCACCAGCACAUUCACACAGGAGAGAAACCUUAUCACUGUGCUGUUUGUGGGAAGAGAUUCAACCAGUUAGGACACCUUAAAAGACACCAUAACAUUCACAUAGGUGUGUAAUCCUAUCCCUGCACUUAGUGUGAAGAAGUGAAGUCAGUUGCAGACUCUUACAGGACUAGAGAACAUUCUCAGAAAUGCAGACACUUGGGGACAACUAAACAACAGGAGUGCAUUUGACUAAAUACAGAAAUAUUAACUGAAAACAGAAGUGGCUUGAUAAAUCUGGUCACCCCUAAUCACAAUUUGUUCAGAUCAAAAACUCACCAAAAUCUGUGUUCAUCAUGUUGUUGAGCAUUCUGAUUGUGUUACAUCACAUUAGUAAUAUAUUAAAUAGAUUGUUAUUAGGAGUGCAAGUUUCUCUUUUUCCUCCUGCACUGCUCAGCCUCUUGCAGUGUGUUGUGUGGAAUCUUCCCUGAUACCAUGGUGAAUCUGCGGUACCUCAAGACGCAGCACAGUAUACCACAGUUAUCAUGCGGGCAGCUUGAAGUGGAAAAUCAAUACUGUUUCCAGCAGGGUGCGCCAGAGAGCUUUUAGCACUUUAAUGGGCUGCAUACCAUUGCUUCUUAACAAGGUGAUUUCUGCUCCCAAUGUGUUGAAUAGUCCCCUCUCUCUCUAGUACUGGUCUCUCUACUGUGCUUGAAAGAGUGACUACAGUUAACUUCAACUUUUUAAAACCUUUAGUCUCCUCUAGUCUUUUUUUUUUGUUCCAGACUGAAUAGAUUUAGUUCCCUCAACUGUUCUCUCAACAUAUUUAGGGUUGGUUGAGUGUACAAGGAAAACAACUGACUCUGGAGAGGAGUUACCAAUCAAUGCCAGCACACUGGAGAUCCAGAAUUCAGAACACAGAACCAGGGAGGACAUUCGGCCCAUCAGUGCAGCAGCUGAUUGAUCUCAAACCUGUUAAGUCGGGUCUUAAAGGAUCCCAGCCCUAACAACAUGACUUGGUAACCCAUUCCAUCCCCUCACCACACUGUGUGAGAAGGUGUCUCCUACCCUCUGUCCUAUGGCUAUCCACACUUAAUUUCCAGCAGUGUCCUCUGGCCCUGGUGUCAGUGCUAUGCUUGAGGUAUUAGUUUGGGUUAACUUUAAGCCCUGGGAUUAGUCUUCACCUUUAUGAUUGCUUCCCCGUUGCUGGUAGAAAUGAGUCUAUCACAACACCAAGGUCUUUCUCUCACACCCACUGGGUAUUUCAAUCCUACUUCUUUCCUACUAAAAAGAGACUUGGUAAUACAAUUGUGAAAUGUUUCAAUAAGAAACAUGCACUCCACACCGUACAACAGCUGACUGAUUUGCUAAUGAAAGAAGCAGCUCAACCACAACACCUGGUAUAAUGAACAUGUUUGUGAGCUGAGUGUUUGCAGUACUGUACUGUAGAUAUGAAAUUCCAGAGAAUGCUUCAUUCUGCAUGACUGAUAACUAAUCAUUCUAUUGCCUUUAAUACUGUAUAUGGGGCCACCUGUCUGCACCUGCUGAUCCCAGCACUGAUCCUGCUCUGUGUUAAGAGAACAAUGGAGAUCACUGACACUGUGUCAAUAGAUUUGGAUCAUAGGGUAUAGAGGAAAUAGUUUUCAAGUGAAGUAUGGAAAUUUGGAAGAGGAGGGCAUCACACAGUAUCACAGUGUAGAGAAAGAAAGGGUCCUUGAUGAGGGUUUAGUGGUGAAGGAGUGCAUUUGCCUGGGAGAGGGUAUAAAACAGAGCAGGGUGGAGGGACCAGAGCAGCUGAAGAGUGGAAAAGCAGCAUCAGCAACUUGUCAAGAUGAAAGCCUGGACUACAAGAGCCAUUCUCCUCUCGGUCCUGACAGCAUAGCUUCUGUCAGGGGCUGAUGCAAGGAGCCUCCUUGAGGACUCCGAAGAGCUGGGAGAUGAUGAUUACCAGGCCAGCAAGAGAGAACUGGAUCUCAGCAACACUUUGGAAGACUCAGAGAAGCAGGAAGGAGCACUGGGGUAUUAUUGUAUAAUAGUAUAAAGCAGCCACUGCAGUGACUUAAAAUGGACUGAACUCAAUAUAUCACUUGUAUCUUUCACAGUAAGGUACAGAUGCUACUAUGGUAAGUAAAUGGAUUCUACUUUAUUUGAUGCAGCAAUCAGUGGGAUUUAUUUAUUAUUUUCAAUCAGGGCACGAAUUGUUUAUCAGUGUAGCUUUGCUGAGAGGCUUCAGUGACACAGUGGCUAGAGUGCAGAGGUGCAGUGUGGAAGGUAGUGGGUUUGAGCAGUUCAAUGACUAGAGUGCAGAGCUGCAGUGUGGAAGGUAGUGGGUUUGAGCAGUUCAAUGACUAGAGUGCAGAGCUGCAGUGUGGUGUAGUGGGAGUGGCUGAGCCGGGAUGUGAACCUCCUGGUAACAAGCCUUUUUCUUUAACCACAGGGCCACUGUCCCUGAGUAGCUCAGGGGGUUGAGUUCUGGGAGCUACAGUGUGGAAGGCAGUGGGUUUAAGAAGCUCUGUGUUAAAAAUAGACUGUUCCUAAUUAUCUUUUCUUUUUUUGUGUAGCUCAUCACUAUCACUACUAUUUCUACUACCGUCAUGGGUACCGCUGCACUCGCCACCGGCAUACCUACCGCUGCAGGCGAUGCCAGCACUACUGAGAAGCAGCAGCGCCCAGGGAUCACAGUGCUGGAAUUUACCUGACAGCAGACCUGCAAGCAAAGCUUAAACACACCAGCAACCUUCUUUUGUAGCAUGGCUGUAACCUUUCUGUUGUGGUCCCCCUCCCCAAUCACAGCUACAGCACCCAUACUUAUUUCUAUCAGGCCAUUCCCAGUUUGUUUAAAACAGCUGCUCCCUGUUGUGCAUUUGGUCAAUCUCUUCAAGGAUAUAUAAUAGAGAAAACAUUGUUUUUCUAUUGGGUGAUUUCCUGCCUCUCAUGAAGCAGGUCUUUACAUUGUAUGGAAAGGUGUCCUUAUUUAACAUGCUGUCUCAGAUUCUCAGUGAGAUCACAUGCUCACACAUGUUUGAAUAGAAACACAGCUGCACAUGGGCACAUAUACAAAGCGUUACUUGGAGAGCGUGCUUGAUUGAUUUGCCCCAGCUCAUAAUCACUGCACCGAGUCAGGUUUGACCAGUAGACUCCUUUCUUCUCCCAGCUCCUCACAACCACCCUGUGAUGUCACAACUGUCCCGUGACAGGCCUUGUUCACAGACUGACAAAAACAUUGUGUUUAUAUAGAGAUUUUCUUCAUCUCUCAAUUAUUUUAAAAUCUCUUUUAUUUGCAUUCAUGACAACAAAUGCUCAAACUGUUGACCAGUAUAACUGCUGUCCUGCCAAAAAUACAACACUAUCUGCUGUUACAUGAAACUGGGUAAAAGCCUCUCUCUUUCUGUAAAGCUUUUUCAGCAAUAAAACUAUUA